CAUCAACACAACCUGUUCCAGCCGGCCCGUCCCCACGGCAACAGCCCCUUCCGCAGCACGCUCAUUGGCUGGCCCGGAGAAUGUAUCCAUUGAGACGCUCGCUGUUUGUAUCCAUUGAGGAGCUGCCUCGCGCAGGGGGUGUGCGAGGCUGAGUCCAAGGGAUAGUGAGCAAAUCGAGUCUUAAAUAAUCCGGGGAGAAAGACGCCCGGGUAGAUUUGAGGUGCAGACUUGGCGGGAGGGAUUAGGAGCAGCUAGACUUUUUUUCCUCCCCUCUCAGUAGAACUGAGUCCGAAUUAAUUGGAUUUCAUUCACUGGGGAGGAACAAAAACUGUCUGGGCAGUUUCAUUGAGAGAUUCAUUGACACUAACAGCCAGCGGCUGCAGCUGGGUGCAGAAAGAACCUCCGGCUUUACUUCUGUCUCGUCUUCCCCAACCGCUAGCCUCGGCUUGGGUUAGGCUAGGCGGAAUUAAACCCCGCUCUGAGAGCGGCAGCUUCACGCGCGGUGCGCUCGGCCUAUGCCUGCCCCGAGGGGCGUCUGGUAGGCACCCCGCCCUCUCCCGCAGCUCGACCCCCAUGAUAGAUACGCUCAGACCCGUGCCCUUCGCGUCGGAAAUGGCGAUCAGCAAGACGGUGGCGUGGCUCAACGAGCAGCUGGAGCUGGGCAACGAGCGGCUGCUGCUGAUGGACUGCCGGCCGCAGGAGCUGUACGAGUCGUCGCACAUCGAGUCGGCCAUCAACGUGGCCAUCCCGGGCAUCAUGCUGCGGCGCCUGCAGAAGGGCAACCUGCCGGUGCGCGCGCUCUUCACGCGCGGCGAGGACCGGGACCGCUUCACCCGGCGCUGCGGCACCGACACAGUGGUGCUCUACGACGAGAGCAGCAGCGACUGGAACGAGAAUACGGGCGGCGAGUCAGUGCUAGGGCUGCUGCUCAAGAAGCUCAAGGACGAGGGUUGCCGGGCGUUCUACCUGGAAGGUGGCUUCAGUAAGUUCCAAGCCGAGUUCGCCCUGCACUGCGAGACCAAUCUAGACGGCUCGUGUAGCAGCAGCUCGCCGCCGUUGCCAGUGCUGGGGCUCGGGGGCCUGCGGAUCAGCUCUGACUCUUCCUCGGACAUUGAGUCUGACCUUGACCGAGACCCCAAUAGUGCAACAGACUCGGAUGGCAGUCCGCUGUCCAACAGCCAGCCUUCCUUCCCAGUGGAGAUCUUGCCCUUCCUUUACUUGGGUUGUGCCAAAGACUCCACCAACUUGGACGUGUUGGAGGAAUUCGGCAUCAAGUACAUCUUGAACGUCACCCCCAAUUUGCCGAAUCUCUUUGAGAACGCAGGAGAGUUUAAAUACAAGCAAAUCCCCAUCUCGGAUCACUGGAGCCAAAACCUGUCCCAGUUUUUCCCUGAGGCCAUUUCUUUCAUAGAUGAAGCCCGGGGCAAGAACUGUGGUGUCUUGGUACAUUGCUUGGCUGGCAUUAGCCGCUCAGUCACUGUGACUGUGGCUUACCUUAUGCAGAAGCUCAAUCUGUCGAUGAACGAUGCCUAUGACAUUGUCAAGAUGAAGAAAUCCAACAUAUCCCCUAACUUCAACUUCAUGGGUCAGCUGCUGGACUUCGAGAGGACACUGGGACUCAGCAGCCCCUGUGACAACCGGGUUCCAGCACAGCAGCUGUAUUUUACCACCCCCUCCAACCAGAAUGUCUACCAGGUGGACUCCCUGCAAUCUACGUGAAAGACCCCACACCCCUCCUUGCUGGAAUGUGUCUGGUCCUUCAGCAGUUUCUCUUGGCAGCAUCAGCUGGGCUGCUUUCUUUGUGUGUGGCCCCAGGUGUCAAAAUGACACCAGCUGUCUGUACUAGACAAGGUUACCAAGUGCGGAAUUGGUUAAUACUAACAGAGAGAUUUGCUCCAUUCUCUUUGGAAUAACAGGACAUGCUGUAUAGAUACAGGCAGUAGGUUUGCUCUGUAUCCAUGUGUACAGCCUACCCAUGCAGGGACUGGGAUUCGAGGACUUCCAGGCGCAUAGGGUAGGACCAAAUGGUAGGAUAGGAGCAUGUGUUCUUUAGGGCCUUGUAAGGCUGUUUCCUUUUGCAUCUGGAACUGACUAUAUAAUUGUCUUCAAUGAAGACUAAUUCAAUUUUGCAUAUAGAGGAGCCAAAGAGAGAUUUCAGCUCUGUAUUUGUGGUAUCAGUUUGAAAAAAAAUCUGAUACUCCAUUUGAUUAUUGUAAAUAUUUGAUCUUAAAUCACUUGACAGUGUUUGUUUGAAUUGUGUUUGUUUUUUCCUUUGAUGGGCUUAAAAGAAAUGAUCCAAAGGGAGAAAGAGCAGUGUGCCACCUCUUAAAACAAAACAAAAAAAUUGUGCUCUUUUCUAAUCCAAAGGGUAUAUUUGCAGCAUGCUUGACUUUACCAAUUCUGAUGACAUCUUUAUGGACACUAUUAUCAUGAAGACCUUGUUAUGGCGAAGUCUUUAGUCUUUUUCAUGUAUCUUCCUCAUGAUUUUUUUCUCUUUAUGUAGUUUGACUAUGCCUUACCUUUGUAAAUAUUUUGGCUUGUGUUGUCUCAAAGGGGAUAAUCUUGGAAAGACACCAAAUCAUGGGCUCACUUUUAAAAAAAAAACAACCCUUCAGCUGUGCUAAACAGUAUAUUACCUCUGUAUAAAAUUCUUCAGGGAGUGUCACCUCAAAUGCAAUACUUUGGGUUGGUUUCUUUCCUUUAAAAAAAUUUGUAUAAAACUGGAAGUGUGUGUGUGAGCAUGGGUACCCAUUUGAUAGGAGAAAUGCAUUUGAUUGUGAAGAAGGGAGAGUUAAAUUGCUCCAUUAUGUUCGUGGUGUAAAGUUUUGAGCUGGAAUUUAUUAUAAGAAUGUAAAACCUUAAAUUAUUAAUAAAUAACUAUUUUGGCUAUUGA